UAUGUGUGUGCCGAGUAUAUUAUUAUCCCGCGGCGGACUUCCGACGUUCUGCACCGAACGCCAGUUGUAGCGCGUAUUGCGCGUCGGCAGAGUCGCCGCGCCGCUCGUCGCAGCCAAGUGAGUUCGAAAGUGCCCGAGAGUGCCCGCGGAGACGGACGGAGAGACGAGAGAGAGAGAGAGAGAGAGAAAGAGGACGUGGUGGAGAACGAAGGGAGCGAACUCCGGUGAUCGUGACGAGCGUCAAGUGAGGCGCGACGCGGCCGGAGGGGCGGAGGAGCGAAGCAAGAGGAAUUUACGACGCGCGACUCCUCGCUCGAUACUCCUCGCUUUGAGCGAUCGCCGACUGCGCUUCCGUCGAGCGUCGGCGGGCCGGAAGCCGAGACCGAGGGAGAGAGAGAGAGAGAGAGAGAGACCUCACCGCCUGUUUUAGAAGAUGUUCCGAGCGUACGGCACCGCGCCGGCCGAGACACCGGGCGCCGACCUCUACCCCUGGACUACGCCGAUCUUCAACAAAGGAUUCAUAAACUGCAACACCGCCAACACGUUGCAGUCGCUCGCGCAGCUGCAUGGCAAAUCUCCGUUCUUCCCGAGUCUCGAAGAGCAAGGUGGCAACCUGCUGGAGGAUCCGAACGCGCCGAGCCAGCUGGACGGCGUCGGCGUCGGUGUCGGAGUAGGCGUCGGCGUCGGCGUGGGCGGCGGGAUAACGGCGUCCCAGGCGGCCCCGCUCUCGUCGCCGAGUCGGAGCAGUCCGCACAGUCAGGGCAGCGAAACCGGCGAGCGUUUCUCCAGGAAAGUCUUCGUCGGCGGACUGCCGCCCGACAUCGACGAAGAUGAGAUCACCGCCAGUUUCCGCCGCUUUGGCCCCCUCGUCGUGGACUGGCCGCACAAGGCAGAGAGCAAAUCCUACUUCCCGCCGAAAGGCUACGCGUUUCUGCUGUUCCAGGACGAGGGUUCGGUGCAGCAGCUGAUAGACGCCUGCAUUCAGGACGAGGACAAGCUCUACCUUUGCGUAAGCUCGCCCACGAUCAAGGAUAAGCCCGUGCAGAUCCGACCUUGGCGGCUGAGCGAUGCCGACUUCGUGCUGGACGCCUCCAUGCCGCUCGAUCCGCGAAAGACGGUCUUCGUCGGCGGGGUGCCGCGACCGCUCAAGGCCGUCGAGCUCGCGAUGAUCAUGGACCGGCUUUACGGCGGUGUCUGUUACGCCGGCAUCGACACCGAUCCCGAGCUCAAGUAUCCCAAAGGUGCCGGCAGGGUCGCCUUCAGUAAUCAGCAAAGCUACAUAGCUGCCAUCUCAGCCAGAUUCGUACAGCUGCAGCACGGCGAUAUCGAUAAGAGGGUUGAAGUGAAACCAUAUGUUUUGGACGAUCAGAUGUGCGACGAAUGUCAAGGCCAGCGUUGCGGAGGCAAGUUUGCGCCGUUCUUUUGCGCCAACGUCACCUGCCUACAGUACUACUGCGAGCAUUGCUGGGCAACUAUCCACUCCCGGCCAGGUCGGGAGUUCCACAAGCCGCUGGUGAAGGAGGGCGCGGAUCGGCCUCGGGCCGUGCCUUUCCGCUGGUGUUAACCCCAGCUGCGUUGUCCCUAAUUAUCUCGCAGCCCUAGCUAAUUAACUACCACCUCUAUCAAUAUUCCUCCCC